UCCAGCCGUGCUGCAGAGAGCUGCUGGUUCCCAGAGACCCUCAGAGCUCCAGGACUCCUGCAACCCUCACACAGCACCGCGGACACGGAGCCUCGCCUUCCCCCCGUCCUCCUCCUGGACUCUUCUCUGGAUUACUGAUGGAUGAGAAGACCGGAGGACGCUUUUAAAGUGAGACAGUUGGAGUGUUGGGAGUUUUGAAGAGGAGAAACCAAGAACCUUCAUCUUGUCAGGACCUGACAGAAGACUGGAUGUCCUCCCAAACACGGUUGCUUCAGACUCUUUUCUUUACUUUGGCAGAUUUCCUUCUAGAAACCUGAGAACACUUUGAGUCCUGGAUUUAUACGUCUUCCUCAUACUUUUUCUGGUUUUGACCAAACUAAAAGAUUUAUGAAACUCUUCCCACACAGAGCCCUCAUCUUGUUCCGGAGCACCGUUAAUGAGCAUCCAGUCUUGAAUUCAUACUAAAUUGUGCAUCAUGGCUCUAGAGGUCAGUUUUCUGCUGUUUCUGUACCUUCCCCUGGUCUUCACCAACGCCAAGAGUGUCGGGCCACCUGGAAAUGUGCCCAGCAACAUCGAUAAACCCUCCAGCGUUAAACUAGAGCUCCUUCGGAGCGUGGAGCAGGUCAAGACUGAACAGAGCCUCCCCCGGGCCGACAUGUUGGAUCUGGACCUGGACCGUCAACGACGUCUGGCCCGCGGCGCAGAUGAGGACGAGCAGCAGUCCACCUUCAGCCAUUCCUUCGAGAACGAGUGGGUGACCACACCUCAAGUCACAGAAUUCAGCAACACGACACAAGCAGAGGCGGGAAACGGCAGUCGGGAAGACGAUUACGUUGUCCACGGCAACACCUCCGUCCCCGACCUGGGACUCUUCAACCCCUUCUACCCGCUAGCGGAGAGCUCGUACGCAGCCUAUGCGGUUCUGUUCCUGGCCGGCCUGGUGCUGGCGGUGGGCGUGGUGGGAAACAUGGCGGUCAUGUGUAUCGUCUGGAACAACUACUUCAUGAGAUCUGCAUGGAACUACCUGCUGGCCACCAUGGCCUUCUGGGACUUCCUGGUUCUGGUGCUUUGCCUCCCUGUGGUGGUCCUCAACCAGCUCUCCCAUAGGAGGAUCCUGGGUGACAUCACCUGCCGCAUGGUGCCUUAUAUGGAGAUCGUCUCUCUAGGCAUCACCUCCUUUACUCUGUGUGCUCUGGGAAUUGAUCGCUUCCACGCCGCCACCUCGUCAUCUCAGCCGAAGGCUCGGCGCGUGGCGCACUGCCGCUCGGUGCUGCUGAAGCUGCUGCUGGUGUGGCUCGCAUCUCUGCUGCUGUCCAGCCCCGAGAUCUUUCUGUGGCAACUCAGCCAGGCCGUGUCCCCAUCCACCGGCCGGCUGGUCGACUCCUGCACCAUCACACCGUCCUCUCCGCUGUCCCUCCACCUGCCCGACUCCCUCCAUUCCCUGCUGCUCAGGUACCACCAGGGUCGGAUGUGGUGGUGCUUCGGCUGCUACUUCUGCCUUCCCAUCCUCUUCACCAUACUCUGCCAACUGGCCACCCGCAAUGUCAGCAGCGACUCCAACGCCACCCAGAAGCAGCGUAGACACGACGACCGCUCCUCCAGCCAGAACCGUCAGCAGCACCAGGUGGUGGAGCGGCAGCUGAACUGCACCCUGCUGGCCCUAGCGGUGGUGUAUGGUGUGUGCGCUCUGCCCGAACACGUCUGCAACAUCACGCUGGCCUACACCCACAUCAUCGUCUCUGAAGACACUGCCGCCAUGCUGGUGCUGUUACAUCACUUCCUGCUGUUCUUCAAGUGCUCGGUGACACCCGUGCUGCUGCUGUGUCUGUGUAAGGCUCUCGGUCAGGCCUUCAUGGACUGCUGCUGCUGCUGUUGUCAGGAGUGUCAGCCCAACGCCGCUCAGGGCUCGCCAGGCUCUGCCCAGGUCAAGCUGAAGGCUGCCCAUGAGACGUCCAUCUUCUUUGACAAGGCUAAAGACACCUCUGCCAUCUUAUCCAUCUCCAGCUAGAGCCAUGAGUCCCUCUUCAGCCGUCAAUCCAUGAAUCAGUCUCCUGGCCAUGCAGUACACUCCUAGUCUGAACUCACCUCUCACCUUUUCCUCUCCUCACUGUUAUGUGUGAACACCUUUUCUCCUACGUCUACAAACCCUUUCCCAACGUUUCUCCUCCCUUUCCUGAACCCCUGUGACCAUCAAAGAUCAUCUGUCCUCACCUCUCCUUCCUCCCACACCUCCUCAGGCAGAAUGCUGUUUGUGUAAUGCUCCUCUGUGGACUCUGCAGCUUCCUGCUUGUCCAGGAACUGAUGUUUAAUCUGUAGUGAGAUUAGAAACCUUGCUCUUCUUGCACAAGCAGCUGUCGUGACAGCAGGAGCCUGCUUCGGGACUCUGAACAGACUCUUCUUUCCAACCUCCUGCUGUCACAUUCGGGAUGCCGAGUAAAAGGAAAAUCCUGGCCACACACUCUUUAGAUUGAUGCUGUGAAGUUUAUGUGCUCUUUUGAAAAGUAAAUUAAGUUCAGCUAGAGUAACAGUUUUUAGAAAUGAUAAGCUCAGAGAAUAUUAUGGUGCGAUGUUGUGUUGAGAUGCUGCUUGAAUAUGAAUAUGAAGACGUAUCCGCCUUAGUUGGUAAACGUAUGCAAACAUUGAGUCAUUAACCCAUUAAGACCCAUUAAGACCCAAGGUGCAUUUCUAAGAAACAGAAACCAGAAAUCAAAAUCUGAGACCUAUAAUAUAAAUAUUAAAUUUUGAGAUAAACUGCCUGGCCCCAUCAUUUAAUAGGCGUAUGCAAAUCCACAACUUUAAUUUCCAUCAAAAGCUGCAUUUGUUUUUAUCCAAGUCUUCUCCAGCACAUCCCAGACGUGCUCAGUGGGGUUCGGGUCUGCUCUGUGGUGGCCAAUACAUUAAUGAAAAUAAUGUCUCAUGCCCCCCGAGCCACUCCUCUACGGUUGGGGUUAGGGUUUUAGUACUGUGACCUUGGAGUACGUCCACGGCGCCGGGGAAUACAAACAUCCACUUAUGGAAAACCUGCUCCUCUAUUAUAUUGUAGCAGUGGGGUGACCUCAUCUUUUGGCACAUAAUGCUGCACAAACUCCAGGAAGUGACCCUAGAUCAUGAUACUGCCACCACAGGCUUGCAGGGUGGUCUCUAGGCAUGCUGGGUGGAUCGCUUCAUCCACUUGUUUUCUUAUGUGUGACUUACGGCUCUACGCAACCUAGCCUACUUACGAGACCGAGUUAAUAUUUAAACGUGUCCGUUUGUGUUGUUGUAUUUGCACCACCAAACACUAGGUGGCGGUGUGGGCUCAGUGACGUAGCAGAAGUGCUGAGCUUCCUGUCACCACAGAGCAAAUGAAGCAGAACCUUCGAUGAAUGUCAAGCAAAAGUAACUUUUACUAACGUCGGACCAAACUACCGUCAUACCUGGUUUGCAAACACUGAAAUAGAAAUAGUAGCAGGUAAUACGUCGACAGAAACAAAGCUAGCCAGUGGAGCAGACGCAUUUGUUGGGGGAGGUGCACAUCAGGCUACAUCAGAGGUUACGAUUUAGGAUUCCCAGCAACGGCUGCCAUACGUCGUCACUUCAUCUUAGAGGCAUAACUCACCUGUUACCAUGACGACCGUACGAGUGGCAAGCAGGGUUGCCCUGGAUCAAAUAAAUCAUUUCCAUUUUUACAGAAUCUAGAUUUACUUAAGAUCACUCAGCUAUUUAUGACCAGUAUCCCGAGUUGUCGUCCCAUUACCAGGAGUUCUACUGGACGGGCUCCAGCAGUCCGAUGGAUGGGUAGAACCUUUAACUGCUUUUCUAACUGGCCGGGCAGUUUAUCAGCUUUGCUCUGAUGCUAAUCAGCGCCGGUCAUGUGUCCUGAAAGCAACGGUGGCAUGUUAAAAAAGAAGCAUCCGGUCUUAUUGGGUUACAACAUGGGAAACAUUUUAAAGUCUGUUUAAUCUCUCUGUUAAACCAUUUUUUGGAGUAAAUGUAGCUGCCGAGGGCAAACAUAUUCCUCUGAGAUCAUUUAUGACCAGAAACACUUGGAUGGUCACAAAGCUCUUUCCAUCUGCUGACAAACCAACCUGACCAGUCAACACCUGCGCUGACCCCGCCCCGUCAGAUGAGGUCAUUCCUGUGGUCCAGCGGCGUUUGUAGCAGCGGUCCAGCAGUUGCGCUGAGCAGAUGUGAACGAAGGUGUGGAUUGUGUUGUUGAAGGCGUGUCUGUGGAGGAUGUGGUGCCUAAAGAAGCUGCUAACCCGUCCUGAACUGCUGAGACGAACCGGAAGAUGAAGAAAGGGCUGGAGCGAUGAAGGGAAGACGCCUGAGGCGGUCCUCCCAGUUUCUCUGUACAAGAUGUUCAACUGUGUAGUUUAAAGUUUAUUAAUCUGUCUUUAACAAAGCGCCGUCACUCAGACUGUCAGACAACUAAAACAAAUGAAAAAACAGGAGACAGAAAUGUAGCUUAUUUUAAUAAUCGAUGUAUAACUAAUUACAUCUUUGUAUGAGGGGCAGUGGGAUAGUUUUUUUUUAUGUCGCAUGUAUGAUUGUGCCUUUGUAAUAUUCAGUAUUUCAGUGUUAAAUUCCUGAUAUUACAAUGUGUGUCAGAGCUGACUGUGUCUCAUGGUGUCCUUGGUCUGUCUUGGUGUCUGCAUCCAAUCAGACUAACUUCCCCCUGGCUGUGCUCCAGAACCUUAACCUGCUUGUUUUUGCCACAGGUCUGCGGUUUAAAGCUCAAAUAUCUAACAGAAGCACUUUUGAUCCCUCACUCAGAGCACCCAACCAAACACCGAAUCUGAUCUGUAUCGGUUGAAACAAACACUGUGCAUCAGUUAUACCUGAAUCCUGCCUGAAGGGGGCGCCAUGGUGGCCGGGUGUGAUGUGGUACAUGCGGUGGGGGUCGACCCAUUCAAGAGGAGUUGAAUACAUGGCCAGCUCCCAGGCUGUCCAUCAGGAUUUUGUCCAGUAGAUAAGAGCAUAGUUUCCGUUGAGACUGAGGAACUGGCUUCACCCGUUGGUAAGGUUCAUAGCACCCAGCCUUUCUGGAGUCCAGGGAGAGGGUGCUGGAAGGUUGUCCUCCAUUGUUCAUCUGAGGGACUUCAACCCGUACUACGAAUCCGAUGGUACUGUAACGUCAGUGUCAUAAUACGAGUCUGUCAACUGAUGCCGACCGGAGCUGCAUGUUACAGGAUCCAGGUGCUGCUGUCGAUGGCCAGGCUGGACAUAUCUGGGGGAAGGAGCGGUGUUCCCACCUACACCGGCGGUCGCCAACCGUGUAAAAUGGGUUUCGUUUGGUGGACUGUCUCAGACGUCUGGAACCGGUUACUGUGGUUAAACUGAAGCAGUCCAGGCAGCCAACCGAUGGACACGGACUCUUCUGCGGUCUAUAUCGGUCUCUCCUGACACUCGCAGCUUUCCUUCUUGUCUGCUAACCCUCCCCAGGUCUUCUGUCAGACAUUUCACAUCUUUUAAAGUUUUUAAUACCAUUUUAUACGUUUUGCCCAAUAAAUCAAGCUUAAUAGU